AUGCUCAAAAAAAUCAACAGAGCUCUUAUGGGUGAUAUCAGUGGAACCACCUACUCCGGCAUCGCCAUCGACGAUGAUCUGCUACUCAAAAAAUUCUUCGCGGAAGUUAGCGAGAUUGAACGCGACAACGAAGUUAACAGAGGUUAUCGGCCUAUUGGAUCCAAUGGCACUUGGGAUACCUGGCUUGUAGCAAGACAUCUACCUGUUGCAAUCCAUAUUACUGAUUCUGUAUCCAGGAUCCUUUCGCGCUUCAAGUUAAAUGCUUUUGAGUACCUGAACCUACCAUUUGAUUCCUCUGUAGAUGUUGUGAAAAGGCAAUAUCGUAAGUUUUGUUUGUGGACAGCAUUGGCAAAAGCUCAACAAUUAUUACUCGACCCACAAGAGAGAGAUUAUAUAUUGAAUCAAGUUACUGCCGCCAAAGUUGUUAUGGAGCAACCUGGUUUCAGCUUUUCCUACUCUCAUAGUAAUCCAAAAGAACUUCGGGCAAAGAGGAAGAACCAGCUGAAGAAAGACACCGCAACCAAGAUAAAGUCGCUAGUGGAUGAGGGAAAAUAUGAGCAGGAAUAUGAAAUAUCAGAGGAAUUUCAGCAACAGUUAAAAUUGAAAGUCGGAGAAAUCCUAACUGAUCAAGAGUGGAGGAGAAGGAUGAUGCAAAUGAUGAUAUCAGAGGAGGAAGGUAGAUUAAACGAAGAAGAAACCAAAGAGAUGUGGAAACGAAAACGUGAACACGAGGAGCAAUGGGAAGGCACUCGUGAACAGAGGGUUUCAAGCUGGAGGGACUUUAUGAAAGGUGGAAAAAAGGUUAAAAAAGGAGAGCUCCGACCUCCAAAGCUUAAGACAGAGGAUGCAAACAAAUCGUAUGUUCAAAUGCCAGUAAAACGAGGAUGAUCAUCACCGCCUUUGUACUUCUUCCAAAUUAACCAGGUAGUUGCCCAAGAAAUUUUUGAAUUUGUAGAAAUCGUUUUGCACAACAUGUACUAAAUUGAGAUAUCCACUUGAAUCAUCUACAGCUAUUGUAAUUUACAAUGUUCCCUUAAUGGCACAGUCAAGAAUCUCG